AUGGACCUUAACCUUAAGUAUCAAAGAACAAAAUCAUGGUUUCUAGCAGCAAAGCCGUACCAAGGGCUGACUAUAUUAGGCCUGUAUUUGAUGUUCGUGUUGAAAUGGGGCCCGCAGUGGAUGAAAAAUCGAAAACCGUUCAAUUUGGACAAGAUUAUGAUAGUGUAUAAUGCUUUGCAAGUACUAUGUUGCGCGUAUCUUUUUUAUGGGGCCAUCGUGUAUGCCUGGGGAUGGAAAUACAAAUGGGUUUGCGAGCCAGUUGACUACUCCAACACCGAAGAGGCCAUACGAGUCGCCAAAUUUGUAUACUGCUACUACUUACUGAAGCUCAUUGACCUUUUGGACACAGUAUUCUUCGUGCUCCGUAAGAAGAACAACCAAAUAUCGUUUCUGCACGUCUACCACCACACAGGGAUGGUUAUGCUGAUUUGGGGAGCUAUUACAUAUUUUCCUGGCGGCCACGGUACUCUAAUCGGAGUAAUCAACUCGUUUGUCCACAUUGUCAUGUACUUCUACUACUUAUUGACUGUUGCUGUGCCGAGCGUCAAGAAAUCUCUAUGGUGGAAGAAAUACAUUACUCAACUACAAAUACUCCAAUUUCUCUGGUGCGUGAUUCAUAUGGCUCUCAUAGUGUUCAAGCCCGACUGCGAAUUUCCUCGGUGGACGGCCGCGGUCUUUCUUCCUCAAAAUAUAUUUAUGCUCGUUCUCUUCCUUGAAUUCUACAUCAAAACUUAUAUUAAAAAACCUAAUGCUGUCGCUGCAAAAGAAAAAAUAUCCAAUAGCCAUAAAGGUGACGAUAUUAUCGAAAAUACUAGUAAAAACUUUUAUUUAAACAGUAUGAACAACAAUGUAAAAAUUGACGCACAAUUAAAUGGUAAUGGUAAAGUAAAGACGCAUUGAUUAAAAUGAUUAUGAACAAUGUUUGUGUUUGUUCUUACUGAGUAUGUUGAUAGGUUGAUUUUGUAUAAAUUAAUGACAUAAUUAAUACACGAAUCUUUCGAUUUAUGUCAACUUCAGAUUAGGAGUUGAGGAUAACAUUUAUUGAAGACAACUUUUCGUUAAUAAAGUUUUACGAUGUAAGAGUGAGCCCAUUUACUGCAUUGAAACAUUUUGUACCACUGUAUUUAAGUCGAGUGACAUGCUAAAUGCACAAUUUAUGGCGCGACUGGUGAGUUAGGGCCAGCGUAAGCGGGCGCAUAGCAAAGCAGAGGAUAUAAAAUUUAUCAAUGUAUAUUUUAUGCAAUUUCAAUUGCAAUAACGUAUAAGUUUAUCUGAGACCGACCUUGCAGUAUCCCCACGUUCUCUCUGCGAUAUUGAAGAGCUCGCUAGGGAAUACCACGGCGGGAGGAGCUGGUAUGCGACGGAAUCCACCGGUUAUGUGUCGGUUCACCAGAAUGCGCCGGGGUAGCUGCAUACAGGAGGGAGCGGACGCUGCGAUAAGCUGGUGUAUGCUCGCGGAGAAGACUCAUCAGUGUGCGUAAGAUCAGAAGAUCCUCUGGCGGGUAUAAGAUCCUCCUCGAUGCUCUUCCACCUGGCUUAUGCUGGCCCUAAAGAAAACUGUGUUAUUUUCUCCUUGUUCUUCUUUUAUUAAAUUUAAGCGCAAAGCUUUGUGCCUGCACAGGUUCACUAAGUGUGUAAGAGUUAGAAGUAUGGCUAGAGAAAACAAAGCAUCAAGUUAGCAAAAUGUUCUAUUUAACAGUUUAGAUGUAAGAUCGACUCUAACGUGUUCUACCAAUGUUCAUACACAUAUAAAAAUGAAGAUGUAUAACGAUUUCGAACGAUCGCUUUUCAAAAACUAUGUCAUUUAGUUACGACAAAAUUUCAGAUAUGGCUGUUAUUGAGACAUAGUCUGCCCUUCUCAUAAUUAUUGUUAUCAUAAAUGACAAUCGAUAUUUUUCGCGAAAACAAGAUUUACAGCCCUCUCUAAUCGCUUUUUUUUAUAGGUAACUCAUUUAGUUUAAGUUUUAUUGUUAUGCAAAAUUAAGAGCGUAAUUUACAGAAAAUAAGAAAAAUAAACUAUAGGUGCCAAUAUCUCGAAAGUUACUAAAGUGCAAAAGCGUUAGUUAUGACCAUAGAUUUAGUAUAUAGGUAUUAUGACAAGGAGGGCAGUAAGUAAUGUACAUAUAAAAAACCUAUGAUUUACUUUUGCAGGAAAAAAUGUGUGGUAAUAUGCUGCUAUUGUAGUUUCAGUACAAGAGACUAGAUGACGCUACGCGUUCUGGCGUGACGCUAGUCACGCCAGAACUAUUACAUUGUUAUUUUUAUGUCAUUUGGCCUAUGUUGAUGAAGAAGUGAGCCUAUCAUUAUAGUGCAUAAUCGAUGUCAUAUAUUAUUAUAACGGAUUUUGUAAACGUAAUUUAUGAAAAGAGGCUCUUAUUUAAGCUGAUCGUUUUUUACUGUGAAAUAAUAUUAUAAAUAUGAGUAGAACAUUAUUCGUUACGAAAUUACAAUUUUUGUUUUAGUUUCGUUAUGAUGUUGAUUCUUAUCCUAAACAAAUUUGACUUAGCUAACAUAUUGUUCUCCAAUUUAAAUUGAUAAUAAAUUUAAAAGCCUCCAGUAUUUCGUGCAUUUGGUAGAAAAAAGUGACAUGUGAUUGAUCGUACAUAAAAAAAUGUUUUAUCACAUGAAAGUCAUAAAAAGUAAUAUGAAAUCUUACGUAAUAUGUGAAAGCUUAUAACUGUCCUAUUGAAGCAUAAAAAGCUAUUGGCUAAUUUCAUUUGUAGAAUCUAUGAACCUCUAUCUUGAAAAGUUGUCAUUUUACAGAUGUGAUCUUAAUAACGAGUACAUCCAGGGUGCAAUUAUAGCUCCCAUAAAUCAUCAAAUAUAUAACCAGAAAUAGGACGAAAUGUCAUUUAAUUUGUUUGAAAACUAUUCUGCCAAAUAAUUACUGUGACAACUGCGCUCCGAUUGGCCAGCCCGAAUUCGAAACAU